AUGGCUAAACGAAUUAUUACCGUCGCGGCCCUCGUAUCCGUUGUCGCAGGACAGUCUGGUGGCAUUCAGAGAGGUCUCCAAUAUGGCGAGAACUGGGCACCUACCACCAAAGACUCCGACCUCGUCUCGACCAACUUCCCCGACGUCAACAUUACGCUCCGAUCACCUGCGUUUCUGAACCCUGAGAAGGUCCCUGCUCGGUUCUCAAACGGCACCGAGGGACCUACUGACGAUAUUGAACUCGAUUACUUUAUUCGCAAUCUGGCUCAGAAGCAUGACUGGAUGUCCUAUGAAUCGGCAGCUUUUCAAUCCGAAGAAGGACGCGCCAUUCCAUAUGUCUUCCUGUCCCUGCCAAACACCAACUCGAGCAAUGAUAAGCUUCGCAUCUAUCUCCAAGCUGCAAUCCACGGUAAUGAGCCCGCUGCUGAUGAGUCCGUCCUUGCGUUCCUUGGUAAGAUGGAUGCCGAACCGGCGUGGGCAAAGUCGAUCUUGGAGAAGAUGGACAUCAAGAUCCUUCCUCGAUAUAAUGUCGACGGUGUUGCAUACUUCCAGAGACAGUUGGCAUCAAAUCUCGAUCCCAACCGAGAACAUCUGAAGCUUAUGCGCGGCCAGUCAAGGGAGAUCAAGCGAAUCGUCAGUGAAUGGAACCCUCACAUAGCGCUCGACAUGCACGAGUUCACUGUGCCUACAAUAUACGGAGGCCACUACCAACACGGCGCCGACUCUCUGCUGUCGGGUGGCAUCAACCCCAACAUUCAUCCCAAAAUCCGAGAGCAACUCCUCGACUUCUUCAUCCCAGCUGUCGGGGAGAAGCUUCAGUCUCAUGGCCUGAGGUGGGAGCCAUAUGUGACUGGGCCUUCCAACCGCACAGAAGGUUCGCGCAUUCGCUUCACUGAAGCUGUGACGGAGGCGCGCACUGGCCGCAAUGCAGUCGGACUGACACAAACGAUUUCAUUUUUGCUUGAGAUGCGAGGUAUUCGUAUUGCCAAUCAACAUUUCCAACGUCGUGUUGCGACUGCUCUCAUCAAAAUCCAGACCAUUCUCGAGUUAGCGAGGGAUAACGCUGAGAAAGUCAAGUCGGUUGUUGAAGAUGCUCGUGAUGAGUUCAUCAACAGCGAUGAAGAUAUCGUCAUCACCGAUUCAUAUGUCCCAGAGAACAGAACAUUUACCAUGGUCGACACUCGCAAUGGUAGUGUCGUUCAAGUGCCCAUUGACUUCCAGCGCACUACCCCAUCGAUCGCCAAUCUCACCAGGCCCCGACCUGAAGCUUAUGUUAUUCCACGAACUUGGUCUGACGUUGCCGAGAAGCUCGAAAUCUUGGGCCUGAAAGUGGAAAGGAUGAACUACGAGUUUCGACGGACCUUGGAAACCUUGACGAUUGAGUCGUCGGUUGUUGAGCCAGAGCUGUAUGAAGGCACGUAUCUCAACACGGUCACCACCAACUCAACUAGUCGAGAAGUUGUGCUGCCGGUCGGAAGCUACUACGUUAGCACGAGGCAACAGAAUGCGGCUUUGGCAUUCAUUGCUCUCGAGCCGGAGAAUAUUGAUAGCUAUGUCAAGUUUAACAUCAUUCCUGUUGAGGUGGGGAUGGAGUAUCCUGUAUUUAGAAUUCCGCGGUAA